AUGUCUGUCGAUUGGAGUGGUAUCCUUGGAGGACAGCCAAGAGAAUUGAAAAAUCACACAAGUGGAACUAUUUUGACCGCUGCAGAAAUGCCGUCUGGUGAAUAUGCUUUCACUUUUGGUUAGUAUUCAAAUAUACAAAUAUCACAUUAAUUCACAUCGAGAAAUUUUUCAGAUCUCAUUGACCGUCCAACACCAGCUGAUCUUUUCCAAUCAAUGCGCAAUCCAACAAAUCCAAAACAACUUCGUUUGUUGCUCGAAAGCAUGCGAGCUGAUGCUGAGGAGGAUAUGCGACUCUUGAAACUUGAACGGUAAAAAAAUGCUCUUUCAGAAAACAAAAAAUGUAUUCAAAUCAUUUUAGCGAAGCUGAACUCGAACAACAAAGACGUGAUCGGCGGCUCAUCAGCAUCAUUGCUCGUUUCUUCAAAAAGUUGCUUCACCGAUUUUAG